AUGAGCGAAGGAGAUUUUAAUCCAGAUGUCGUACUCGAGAAAAUUCUUGCACGCCCUCCUGUUCCAAUUACGCAAGAAGAAGUAUUUGCUGCAUGUGAUAAAGUUACAGAGUUACUUGUUAGAGAAGGCAACAUUCUUCACCUUCACAGUCCAAUAAUUACAGUAGGUGAUAUUCAUGGUCAAUUGUAUGACUUUUUAGAAAUUUUCAAAAUGGAAGCACCACCUCCAUUUUCGAAAUAUCUAUUUUUAGGUGAUUAUGUUGAUCGUGGCUAUUAUAGUCUUGAAGUAUUAAUGUAUUUAGUAUGCCUUAAAAUCAAAUAUCCAACACAAGUUUAUUUACUUCGAGGAAACCACGAAUGCAGUUCUAUUACUUUUACCUACGGCUUUUACCAAGAAUGCCUUGAAAAAUUUGGAAAUUCAACAGUAUGCCAGCGCUGCUGCAAUAUGUUUAAUUUCUUGCCAAUUGCAGCAUUAAUAGGAACAAAUAUUUUCUGCUGCCAUGGCGGUUUAUCACCUGCAAUUCAAAUGAUUGAUCAAAUUAACUCAAUACAUAGAUUCUGUGAGCCGAUUAUGACAGGUCCUUUAUCAGAUUUGCUUUGGUCCGAUCCAGACAAAUUUGUUUCAGGUUUCCAAACUUCUCCUCGUGGAGAUGGUUAUAGGUUUGGUCCUGAUGUCACAGCUCGAUUCCACCACCUCAAUAAAACUCAGACGAUGAUUAGAGCUCAUCAACUCGUUAAACAAGGAUACGAUCUUCAAUUUGAUAACCAAGUAUUGACAGUUUGGUCAGCUCCCAAUUACUGCUAUAAACCAACAAAUUACGCGUCUAUUUGUACUGUAUCCCAUAAAGGUUCACAAACAUCCCUUGAUUUUAAUGUUUAUGCGGCCGUCCCAGAUUCUGAAAGAGUUAUUCCACCUAGUAAGCAAGUUAUGUCACAAUACUUUGUUUAA